UUCCCAUUCAUUCCAUCCGCGUUUCCCUCUCUCUCUUCAAGAACACCCCCCUCAUAUGCUCUCACGUUCACUGUGUGAAAUCACAAAUUGGAAUCCCAAUCCCAAUCUCAGUACUCUAUCGCGCUCUCUCUCUAUCUUUCUUUCUUUCUCUCUCCCCUCAAUCUCAAUUGAUGCGUCUGUUAUUGGACCGAAAUAUUGUCAGGAUCAUUCGCCCCUGUUCUCCGUCGUGUUCCCUCCGAUUUCGCCCAUCGCUUCGAUCUCUGUUUACUGCUGGAGGCAUCUCCGAUCGCGAUCGCAGGGCGCUAUCAACGCUAACCACAAUGGCGACGAUUUCGAAACCUUCGGCCGUUGGAGGCGGCGGCGGAGGAGUGGCGGACAACGCCGAGGGCAUGGCGAGGCGCUUCUGGAUUAAGUUUCGUAAAGAGUGGACUAUGGCUCUCUAUACUCCCUUCGUAGUCUGCUUGGCCGCCGGGAACCUCAAUCUCAAUACCUUCCGCCAUUACAUCGCUCAAGAUGUUCAUUUCCUCAAAGCCUUCGCUCAAGCGUACGACUUGGCGGAGGAGUGUGCAGAUGAUGACGAUGCCAAGGUUGCAAUCAGUCAGUUGAGGAAGGAUGUCCUAGAAGAGCUGAAAAUGCAUGAUUAUUUUGUCCAAGAAUGGGGUUCUGACUUGGUCAAAGAGAGCGCUCUCAAUGCAGCUACAGUGAGGUACACUGAUUUCUUGUUAGCAACAGCCUCAGGGAAGAUUGAAGGAGUAAAAGGUCCUGGAAAACUUGCUACUCCUUUUGAAAAGACAAAACUUGCAGCUUACACUUUAGGGGCCAUGACACCUUGUAUGAGGCUUUAUGCCUUCAUAGGGAAGGAGCUGCAGGCACUUCUUAAUUCGAACAAUGGCAGUCACCUAUACAAAAAGUGGAUUGACAAUUAUUCUUCUGAAAGUUUCCAGGCAUCUGCAUUGCAAACAGAAGACUUGUUGGACAAAUUGAGUGUUCCAUUGACAGGAGAAGAGCUUGAUGUCAUUGAGAAACUUUAUCAUCAAGCCAUGAAACUGGAGAUAGAUUUCUUCUGUGCUCAACCACUUGAUCAACAAACAGUUGUUCCUCUGUCAAAAGGGCAUAACCCUUCUGAACAUCGUCUUAUGAUAUUUUCUGAUUUUGAUUUGACAUGCACUGUUGUUGAUUCCUCAGCCAUUUUGGCAGAGAUUGCUAUAGUAACUGCACCAAAAUCUGAUCAGGGUCAAGCAGAAAAUCAAAUUGUUCGAAUGUCAUCUGCUGACUUGAGGAACACGUGGGGAGUUCUUUCCAGGCAGUACACAGAAGAGUAUGAACAAUGCAUUGAGAGUAUUUUGCUGUCUGACAAAGUGGAGAAAUUUGACUAUGAAGCUCUGCGUAAAGCACUUCAGCAACUUUCAGAUUUUGAAAAAAGGGCAAAUGCUAGAGUGAUUGAAUCUGGAGUACUCAAAGGUCUGAAUCUUGAAGAUAUAAAACGGGCUGGGGGACGUCUAAUUCUCCAUGAUGGUUGUGUAGGUUUUUUUGAGAGCAUCAUAAAGAAUGAAAAUCUGAAUGCAAACGUUCAUGUACUUUCCUAUUGUUGGUGUGGUGAUCUAAUUAGAUCAGCUUUUUCAUCAGGUGGUUUGAAUGUUCUGAAUGUACAUUCAAAUGAGUUUGUCUAUGCUAGCUCUAUAUCUACGGGUGAAAUUGUUAAAAAGGUUGAAUCACCCAUUGACAAGGUUCAGGCUUUUAGUGAUAUAUUAAAAAGUUGCAGGAGUGAGAAAAAGAGCUUGACUGUUUACAUUGGAGACUCAGUGGGUGAUUUACUUUGUCUGCUUGAAGCAGAUGUUGGAAUCAUUCUUGGAUCUAGCAGAAGCUUGAGGCGAGUGGCUAGUCAUUUUGGUAUUUCGUUUGUUCCAUUGUUCCCUGGCUUGGUCAAGAAGCAGAAAGAAUUUGUUGAAGGAAGAUCGCAUGGUUGGAAUGGGCUAUCUGGCGUUCUCUAUACAGUCUCUAGUUGGGCUGAAGUUCAUGCUUUCAUUUUGGGGCCAUAAAAUCCCUUUCUGAUGUUCAUGCACUCAUCAUAUUAGUUAGGAAAGUGAAGAAUAUAUGAUAGAAGACAGAUAUACAACUUGGUGGCUAAUUUUGUUGUGGGCCAUGGAUAAGAUGUUUGCUCCUCUUUUUAUCUAGUCUAUGGGUCUUCUGUUCAGAGAUGUAAAUGCCAUUCUUUUGACUGGUUGGCUAUACUGGUGCUUGGAGGUUUCACAGUGCAGUCAUCCUUAAAUGAAGGGUGUCCUAUCAGAUCUUAUAUAGAUUGUUAUACUUGUGCUUUGGCAGGUUAUUGCUGUUCGGUAUUUUGUGGAAUGGCAAUUUAGAGAAGACAAUAUAUGGAUUUUCUGUUACAUUGGUUCUGAAAGAGAUAAGUUCCUGCCAUUUCUUGAUCUUUCAGCUUUCUCUGUGACAGUUUUUGGAAUAUGUGGUAUAAAUUGAUCGAAUUUGAGUAACUAUUUUUAGGGUAUUUUGAAGAUAACUAAUAAUUUGAAUUGUGAAAAUUAUUAUAAUCCGUGUAGAAACCUAGUAAUCCUGACUGGAGCGCCCUAUGUCUUCACUCUGGGUUUGGCUGCUCAAGAGAUGUCAUAUUAAGUAUAACCUUAAUGCUACUAAAUUGUGAAACCAUAAGGUCAACCUGCUAAUCAGAAAGAUCCUCCUAUUUCCAUAAUCAUAUUGGAUUUCUGCAAUUUGCAUCCCAAGAUACCAAACACUGCAAAUGGUACUUGUCUUGGUCUAUGUCCUAGUAAUUUAUUGUCCAUUUUUGCGUUAAGCUAUUGUUGUAAAGCUAACAAACAACUUUCUUCACAGUGUUUAACAUUUAGGAAAAUGACUUGGCUUUGUAUUAUCCUGCAAGUGGGAUUAGGGGAUCAAAAUGUGAGGCAUACAUAAAUCCCACAAAAUAACCGAAAACAAAAAGGGAAAAAGAAAAACUAUUUGGUGAAAGGUUAUAUUGUUUUUAACUAAAUUGUGUUUGUCUUUCUUAGCAAAAAAAAAGGUGUCUUUGUGGACUGGUUAUUUGGGGUUUAAUUGUCUCCUAGAAGGAAUAAAAUUGUGUUUACCAUAAAAAUGAACAAAAUGUUAACAUUCCAUAAGAAAUCAACCUAAAAACACUGGUAGAUUCUGAAACACUAACAUUUUUUUCUGUAACAAAUUUACCAAAUUUCCCAUUGCACAGAAAAUCAUGCAGAAAAGUUGACAUACUCAUGAGAAUUAUCCAGAAUCCAUUUCUAUAAUGGCCUUGAUUGUUAAAAGAAAAAAGGUUGAUAACAAAUAAAAUUAAAUUUAUUAGAGAUUAUGCGAUAGGAGAGAUGAAAAGGCUGUGAUACAGUAAGCUGCUUGAGUUGCUUAUUCUCCUUUUGCGCCUACCAUUUCUUUGUAAGAAUUAUAAGGUGUACUCUUUUUAUUGGUCUUUUCCCCCUUCUUUUGUUAUCUCUGUCAUCAAAAGCUUUCGCUUUUGCAAACUUUCCCCUUGUUGAUUCUUUAGAGUUAAGAACUUUAGUUUAUGAACUCAAACCAUUCACAGACUUCUGUUGAGAUCUAGCCUUGUUAAAGAUGGAAACC